UCAUAAGCUAGAGAACGAAGCCACUCCGAAUUGCAUCCCCUACACUUUCAUCUACUCGCCGCGACACUGCUAUGAUCCUCAAGAGAUAGAAUCUUAAAAUAACAUCACCGCUAUGUCACUACGAGUCCAGAGCCUCAACAGCGAUACGACCUUCGCUCUCACAUUCUCUCAUCCGGCGCUGCGGAAGCCUUUCGUGCUCCUCUUGGACCCCUGGCUACACUCGAGCCCUUACGUAUACCAUCCUCUGUUCUCAAACCAGAGCCACACGACACAACCAUGUAUUUCAUCCAUUUCCGAGCUAUCGCCGGUUCCAGAUGCGAUCAUCGUUUCGCAGAAAAAAGCGGAUCACUGCAACGAGGGGACCUUGAAGGAGCUUGACUGGAAUGGCGCAGCGAAGGAAACCCUUCUCUACGCAGCGCCAGAGGCAGGGAGGAUAGUUCUGGGGUGGAAGUGGUUUGACCAGAAGCGACUACGGCUACUCCGGUGGGGAGAGACAGUGAAGGUGGCGUUUCCGAGCGGGAUGGGGAAGCCUACAGUCGAGGAACCGGCGGGCUGGUUGGAGCUAUUGUUCAUGGCGCCGAAGAGGCUAUGGGAAUUACCAGCGCUGCACAAUGCAAUAGGGAUCAAGUGGGUUGUUCCCCGGGAACAGGGGCAAGGAAACCAAAUAUUUUCGAUACUCUUUAGUCCGCACGGUGCGCCCAUUGCAUCUCUUCGACCUUGGCUAUCCUCGCUGCCAUCGCGACCUCAAACACCUAAAAACGAAGUAUAUAUGCAAACGACAGCAUUCCCGCCGCCGAGCCUUUCGCUACUAAUACAUCCUUUCUGCCGCAUUUACUCCCUUCUCGGCGGAGAGGUUAUCAGUGGGUUCCCCGGAGGCUUCUCGGUAUGUCGGCAUGUAACGGUGGACAAUUGGAUUAGCGCUCAUGACGAAACCAAGGAUGUGCGAGGAAUUACGGCAGGAUUGUUGAGAUAUCGGUUGUGGGACGUGAAUAAGGUUGAGAAGGAUUUAAAGGGAGAGGGGAUACAAGGCGUUCGCGUUAACCUAUUACACGCGGGAGAUGAGGUUGGCUUUGACCUUUGUUAGCAAGGAUUUUUUUUAAUGUAAUAUAUACCUAGAGUUUUUCUCUAAA